AUGGCGGAUCUAGUUCAUCUUGCCUCAACCCUAACCCUCCUGGAUGGGUACAUGAAAGAUUAUAUCAAUCGUCAACCUCGUGCCUUGUACAAUCAAGAGGAGGGUUAUCGAGUUCUGUUCCCUCAACCUCUGAUCAAGGUUUCCGACGAACGUAUAGCGAAUUCGAAUGAUUGUGAACAACCACGUCUCAAAGAGACUCUGGAGAGCUUAACCAAAGAGUGGCAUAUCCAACCUAGUUCCAAUGAAAGUUCUGAGCUUGAGACUGCAAUCAUGACGAAGGAAACUCACCUUCCCAUACCAGGACCACCCUUCUUGAAGUCUCCUAUAGCCUCAGGUGAAGAUGGCAACAGCAACAACGACUGCUAUCUGGGUGCUGGUACUACCAAGAAAUCUGCCGAAGACCACCUCGAGAGAACCAAGGGCCUGUGUAAAAGCGCGAUAGGCCAGCUUGCUGCUCGAGGCUCAGGAUGGGAAUCCACUACCAAAAGCGCUGAUACUAGUUCAAAGGCCUUAGUAGCCAAAAGGACCCUACCUGACCUCGUGGUGCCAAACUCAGCCAUGUUUCCUUGUAUGGCGUGGUGGAACGACAAAGUUCAGCCAAGGGAAGAAGACCUUGUUGUGGAGACAAUGAAUUCCUUAAUUCCACCCAACACACUCUUCAGGGAUUCCAUGGUUCAGACAGAAGAAACUAGUGUUCGAAAGUCCGGUUAG